AUGGCCACCUCGACUCUCCUACCGCUUGAUGUCUGGCGAAGGUCCUCCCAUGGCCUCAUCACCCCGCCCAUGUCCACCGCCUUCGUCUCGCUGCCCCCCAUAACUCACUUCGACCGCCGACCCACCCAGCAGUGUCUACCACCAGUCACGCCUCCGUGGACAAAGCAGCGGUAUGACGACGAGGUUGAUGUCUUUGAGCCACCGUUCCAACACAAGCCAUUCAUACCAGAUGACGCCCCUCACCUCAUCGACUGGUUCGACUCAACUCUCAAACGUCCAGCCAGCUUCAUCGCUGAGAAGACAUGUGAGAUGGUCUGCUAUCUCUGGUUCUCCUCUCCCUCUCCGUCCUCCCACUUCUCCUCGUCACAGCAAAUACCGAGUCCCCCUUACUCUCCAGAGAUACCCGCCACAACAUCGCCACUGCAACUCGCUCCAUCCGCGGCCUUUGUCCAGUUCAUGCACAAGCUACUCGAAACGACGCAAGUCAGCCAGUCUGUCAUCGUCCUCUCGCUGCAUUACAUAUGGCGUCUCAAGGAACGCAACCGUUUCACAAACGGACUACCAGGGAGCGAGUUCCGGAUAGCAGUCGCAGCACUGAUGAUGGCGAACAAAUUCCUGGACGACAACACCUACACGAACAAGACGUGGUCGGAGGUGUCCGGUAUCGAUCUCAGCGAGAUCCACAAAAUGGAGCGAGAGUUCUUGACCGCAGUCGACUUCUCGUUACAUGUAUCUGGCAAGCAAUAUGCGUCGUGGCUCAACCUACUGAAAGGCUUGGUGCUUGCAAAGGAGACGGAGAGCAGAAAGUGGCGUGGAAUACGCGCCCGCUACUCGCGACACGGUCGUCAGUCGCAACCGAUGUCGUCUGUACCCGUCGCCCGCACAUACCGAUUGAGGUGCCAGUCUUCGUCUCACCGGGCACGCUCGACUUCCCCACUGCAACUCACCAAUCCGCCCGCAUCUGCGUAUCACGUGACUCCACCCCAACACGCACCCUCGCCCAGCUCGGGCACAAAGCGUUCCGCAGCCGAUGCCUUCUCGCCGACCUCCACGUCAUUCAAGGAGUUGCCACCCCUCAAGCGUCCCACAGGCAUGACCUUGCAAAUCCCCGACACCAACUACGCCAAUUGCCAAAGUUCUGGCUCUUCGCCACUCGAUUCUCUCUACUCAUUUGCUAAAAUGACCCUGUCCUCUUCGCCGCAUGCACAGAGAGCUGCGCAGUCGCAACAGAGAUCGAAUGUGAUCGAAGGCCAUCCACAAACCCUCGUCGCCGCUUAUCGUGCGGACCGUCCUGUCAAUGUGCCCGAGAGUUUGUAUUAUUACUCCCUCGCUGGCUCAUCCAUCAACGGUGACUCAGAGCAGCCCAAGGGGAACCGCAAGGCUCGAUUGCGGUGUUUCCAGCCUGCCCCGCAACCCCCGCCAUCAUACACCGUCCAGCCACCUCCAUACGUUCCUAUGGAUGUUCAGUCGGCGUCCGUGAGUCCACACGACUCUCAUGUGACCCUGGGUGUCCGACAGCCCUCGUUGCCACACUUGCACGAUGCAAUCUGGGCCAGAAAGCUGUCUUCCACAUGUGGAACCGCACGUUCAGUUUCUGCGCAUAUGUACAUGAAGUUGUCUCCUGUGGACAGGGACCAGUCACUGCAGCUUCCGCCGUUGAGGGGGGACGGAUCUUGUGUCAUCCCUUCUGCGCCAUUUGCAAAUGCUGGUCCUCCCGGAGUACAGUUCUACACGACUGCGUCUACUCCCGCUUGCCAGCACCCACAUCCGUAUCACCAUCAAGCAUCUCACCACCGGGGCUCGCCGGUAUAUCCUUCGCCACAGACCUGGGCGUAUGCCAGAUGA